AUGCGUCGUGAAUAUUUGUACCGCAAGAGUCUUGAAGGAAAAGAGCGGUCUCUAUAUGAACACAAACAAAAGUUGAAAGAAGCGAUCCGCAGUGGCAAAUCCAUUCCAACAGAAUUACGCAGUGUUGAGAAGAAUCUACGACAUGAGAUGGAGUAUGACGAUGUAGUUCAUGAGAAACCACUGAAUCAUAUUGAUGAUGAGUAUAAGAAUGCGGGUCUAUUUGAUCCAAAGAUUGCGAUUACGACAUCACGUGAACCAAGUUCGAGACUUAAACAGUUUGCACAGGAGAUUCGUCUCCUGUUUCCCAAUGCCAUUCGACUUAAUCGUGGUGCUCAUACUAUCGGUGAUUUGGUCGAGAGUGCGAGAGCCAAUGAUUUUACAGAUCUCUUGGUAGUUACAGAGACACGUGGUGAACCAGAUGGUCUCGUGGUAUGUCAUCUACCAUACGGUCCCACAGCUUACUUUACGCUGAGCAAUACGGUGCUCCGUCACGACAUUGAAGACCGUGCUACGAUUUCCGAAGCAUAUCCGCACCUCAUUAUUAACCAGUUUGAGACGCCACUGGGCAAGCGCGUUGCAAAUAUUCUCAAGCAUCUGUUUCCUGUGCCUAAGCCUGACGCCAAGCGUGUGGUGACACUCUCGAAUGAGAAUGACUUUGUGUCAUUUCGUCAUCACGUUUUCAAGGUGACAGGACGCGAAGUGGAACUACAGGAAUGUGGGCCCCGUUUUGAACUGCAAUUGUACCAGGUGAAGCUCGGUACACUUGAUCAGAAGGAGGCAGAGAAUGAGUGGGUCUUGCGGCCUUAUAUGAAUUCCGCCAAGAAACGCCGUGUGUUGUAG